AUGAGUGCCGAUCAGUUCAAGGCAAGGACGAUGAAGAGGAAGAACGUCAAGGGUCUUGCCCUCAGUGCACCUGCAAAACCUGCAGUGCCUUCAGACGAAGAUUCGCAACUGCCUGGAGCACUGGGGAACAACGGCCAGCGAGCAGACACCCUAGAGAUUGGCGUCGAGUUCAGGCCUGACUGGCGGACGGAAGAUCUUGAGAUCGUCAAAGAGCUUGGGUCAGGCAACGGCGGCACAGUGAGCAAAGUACGGCACAAGGGCUGGAACAUAGUCAUGGCGAGGAAGAUUAUUCAUGUCGAGGCCAAGAAAGAGGUGCGGAAACGCAUUGUGAGGGAGCUGCAGAUCAUGCACGAGUGCAAUUCGCCCUACAUUGUCUCCUUCUACGGGGCCUUCAUGAAUGAAUCGAACGACGUGACCAUGUGCAUGGAGUACAUGGAUGUUGGUUCACUCGACAGCAUAUCGAAGAACUUCGGGCCUGUCCGCGUGGAUGUACUUGGAAAGAUAGCAGAAGCUGUCCUCGGCGGCCUGAAGUACCUAUAUCUUGCCCAUCGAAUCAUGCACCGAGACAUCAAACCUUCGAAUGUUCUUGUCAACAGCAAAGGCCAGAUCAAGCUAUGCGACUUUGGCGUAUCUUCCGAGCUCGAAAACAGUGUGGCAGACACAUUUGUCGGCACAGGCACAUACAUGGCCCCAGAGAGGAUCCAGGGCAGUCCUUAUACCGUGAAAAGUGAUGUGUGGAGUGUGGGAUUGACCCUCAUGGAGUUGGCGAUAGGAAAGUUCCCGUUCAGUAUCGAAAACGAGGACGGUGAAGAAGACACGGCAGGGCCGCAGGGUAUUCUUGACCUGCUACAACAGAUUGUCCUGGAACCUGCGCCCAAACUUCCGAAGAGCGAUGCGUUCCCACAAAUCCUCGAGGACGUCAUAGCCAAGUGCAUGAUGAAGGUGCCUGAGGAACGGCCUACACCGCAGGAACUGUACGACACAGACCCCUUCCUUCAGGCCGCAAAGCGCACGCCGGUGGACCUCGAGGCGUGGGCCGUAAGCAUGAUGGAGCGUCACAACCGAAAGAGUCAUCUGGCGCCACAGCUGUCGCCCUCCACGCGUGCGUUAUUGCGAGGCACAGAUACACCAAGCCAGAGUUCAGCGUCCAGCACACACGACCGGACACCAACGUCCGGCGACAUACCCAUAUCCUCGGCAGCUCCAAACGGUUCAGGUGGUCGCCCUUUUCCAGUCAGAACGAGCAGUGCAAAUUAUGUGCAGCCGCAGAUCAACCUGCCUAUUAGACAAGCACCGGGCUCAUCACGAAGCAGACCUGAGACUGCUGGAAGCGACCGAAGUGAUGCCUAUAGACGUGCCGCGCCAGGAGUGCAGUGA